ACCAGCCCACGGCCCAGAAGUGCGCAUGGAACCUUGACCCCGGCCAUCCGGGAAGUCCAGGCAGUCUGGCCAAGGCGAUGAAGGUGUUGGUCCCGUUAUGCUCACCGUGGAUGAUGUUCUGGAGCAGGUCGGCGAGUUUGGCUGGUUCCAGAAGCAAGCCUUCCUGACCCUGUGCCUGCUGUCCGCUGCCUUCGCUCCCAUCUACGUGGGCGUCAUCUUCCUGGCUUUCACCCCGGAUCACCGCUGCCUGAGCCCCGGGGUGGCCGAGCUGAGCCGGCGAUGCGGCUGGAGCCUGGCGGAGGAGCUGAACUACACGGUGCCCGGCCCGGGGGCCGCCGGCGAGACCCUCCCCCGCCACUGCCGCGGCUACGAGGUGGACUGGAACCAGAGCGGCCUCAGCUGCGUGGACCCGCUGGCCGGCCUGGCCACCAAUAGGAGUCACCUGCCGCUGGAGCCCUGUCGGCACGGCUGGGUGUACGACACGCCCGGCUCGUCCAUUGUGACCGAGUUUAACCUGGUGUGUGACGACUCUUGGAAGGUGGACCUCUUUCAGUCCUGCGUGAACCUGGGCUUCUUCCUGGGCUCUCUGGGUGUCGGCUACAUUGCAGACCGGUUUGGCCGAAAAUUAUGUCUCUUGGCCACCACCCUCGUCGGUGCCGUCUUGGGCGUCCUCACGGCCGUGGCGCCGGACUACACGUCUCUGCUGCUCCUCCGCCUGCUGCAGGGGCUGGUCAGCAAGGGCAGCUGGACGUCCGGCUACAUCCUGAUCACAGAGUUCGUGGGCCUGGGCCACCGGCGAAUGGUGGCCAUCCUCUACCAGACGGCCUUCACCGUGGGGCUCGUGCUGCUCUCCGGGCUGGCCUACGUCAUCCCUCACUGGCGGUGGCUCCAGCUGGCCACCUCCCUGCCCACCUUCCUCCUCCUGCUCUGCUACUGGUGCGUGCCCGAGUCUCCCCGGUGGCUGCUGUCACAGAAGAGAAACACUCAAGUGAUAAAGAUAAUUGACCACAUUGCCCAGAAGAACGGGAAAUCGCCUCUCCCUGAUCUCAAGAUGCUCUCUCUCGAAGAGGAUGUCACCGAAAAGCUGAGCCCCUCUUUUGCAGACCUGUUCAGCAUGCCACACCUGAGGAAGCACACCCUUAUUCUGAUGUACCUGUGGUUCACGAGCUCCGUACUCUACCAGGGCCUCAUCAUGCACGUGGGCGCCACGGGCGGGAACCUCCACCUGGACUUCCUGUACUCGGCUCUGGUUGAAUUCCCGGCGACCUUCAUCAUCCUCACCACCAUUGACCGCUUUGGCCUCAUCCGCCCGUUGAUGGUGUCCAAUCUGGUGGCAGGGACAGCCUGCGCCGUCAUGAUCUUUAUCUCCCACGAUCUACACUGGCUAAACAUCACCGUGGCUUGUUUUGGCCGCAUGGGAAUUACCAUCGUGUUCCAGCUGGUGUGCCUGGUGAACGCCGAGCUGUACCCCACGUUCAUCAGGAAUCUUGGAGUGAUGGUGUGUUCCUCCCUGUGUGAUCUGGGUGGAAUCAUCACCCCCUUCCUGGUCUUCAGGCUGAUGGAGGUUUGGCAAGGCUUGCCACUCAUUUUGUUUGCGGGGUUGGGCCUGGUUGCCGGGGGAAUGACGCUGCUUCUUCCUGAGACCAAAGGUGUCACCUUGCCAGAGACCAUCGAGGAUGCGGAGAACCUCGGGAGGAUAGCAAAGCCCAAAGAAAACACGAUUUACCUUCAGAUCCAAACAUCAGAACGUGCCAGCACCUGAGAGAGAUGCUUCACGGGGACUGAGUGGCAGAGAGGAAGAUGGGGUUUUCAUCUGAAAAAAAGAAACCCUCGUUUCUCUGUGGUCUUCCUCACACUUGACUGCCCCUAAACCAAUAACCUGAAGAACACUAAAUGUGCUUUGCUUUAUUUUCUUUCUUUGAAAUCUCCCAAAGCCCUAUCUUUUAUCUACUUACUUUUCCUGGCGAGAACUGUCGGUGGUUACCAGUUACUUAAUUAUCUGAAAUAUUUGGAAGAUCUAAUAGAAUUUAAUAUUUCUAUAAAGGAGGCCUCUGUCACUGGUUUCCUAAAGGCAGUGUUGUUUUAUUCACUAUUUGAAAGCAAAUGUCAUUGUAUCUGUAGUAUCUAUCUUGGCAAAAGUAUUUUAAUAUGUUGCCUUCUUGAAGGGCACUUCGUUUUCAAAUAUGGCUGCACUUCCUGCAAACCGUACCCGAAUCAUGUUGGAAAUAUGAUCCUUUUCUGAAGGCUAGAACUGUUACUUUUUAGAAAGCAGUUUUUGUCCCCUUUGCUCCAGGAAUAUUGUAUUUGAUUUCACUCUUGGUUUUUGUUCUUGUUGGUGAUUCUUGAAGUUUAACUCCUAUGCCAACUGCAAAAUAUUCUAGUAAAUACAUCAAAAGGA